UUUAAUUUUGAGAAAACUAGGGUUGAUUUGAGCCUUGAGGAGGCAUUCUUCUCCUCUGUCCAACUGAAUUUGCCAUCCUAAUCGUGUAUUGGAUCGAGAAUCGACGAGAUUCUCGAGCUUCUCCACCUCACAGAGGAGUUUUAUUUCUAUAUUCGAUUCCCCGCCAUUUCUCCUCAAAUAUAUUGGAGUAUUUAUUGAGAUUUUGAAGCAAGUACCUAACAGAUUUCGAAUAGUUAUGCCACGUACAACGACGGUCGAAAGUUCCGGCUGCCCUCCACUACGAGCCCUAACCUUUGACGUUCUCGGCCUUGUCAAAGUUUUAGAGGCACGAGGCGGGCAGAAUGGAAAUGCUGCUAAAGUGGUGGAACGAUGGGGUGACCCGGACGCCUCCAAAUGUGUGCUUUCAGCUUCAAUUCUUGACCGAGAGUCUGACCCGCUGGUCGGUAUUGCAAGGAAAUCUGGAUCAGUUGAAGUUAUUAGUGCUAUAAACGGGGAUCUUCAAGUUCAUAUUCCAGAUUUAUGUCAGUCUGCAGUCAGUCCUGAGGAUGACUCCAUUACUGGAGUGCAUUUGUUGCAAAAACAUAAAUCAGAGUCAUCAUCUAGGUCAUGUACACUGCUUGCCUCUACAACAAAAGGACAUGUGAGAAUGGAAUCUGUUAAAUUCGGCAAAACUCCAACAGAGUCUGUUCGUGAUCCUUCUCCGACAGUGUGGACUGUAUGUGAAUCGGGUAAUAUUUUGUGCUCAAAAGUGAGUGAAGAUGAGAAUCAUGCCUUAUUUGGAGGGAAGGGUGUUGAGGUUAACAUAUGGGAUCUUCAAGAAUGUGUGAAAAUCUGGACUGCGAAAUCUCCCCCUAAAGACAACCUUGGAAUCUUCACGCCAACUUGGUUUACAUGUGCAACCUUUUUGAGUAAAGAUGAUCAUCGAAAAUUUGUUGCUGGGACCAACUCUCAUCAGGUUCGGCUCUACGACAUCUCUGCUCAGAGAAGGCCUGUGAUUUCAAUUGAUUUCAGAGAAACUUCCAUUAAGGCUGUUUCUGAAGAUAUUGAUGGAAAUACAAUAUAUAUAGGAAAUGGCUCAGGCGACCUUGCUUCCUUUGAUAUUCGUACAGGGAAACUUCUUGGAUGCUUUUUAGGAAAAUGUUCUGGAAGUAUUAGAUCCAUAGCUAGGCAUCCUGAGCUACCUGUGAUUGCCUCCUGUGGGCUUGAUAGCUACUUGCGAAUUUGGGACAUACAGUCACGACAGCUUCUCUCAGCGGUUUUCUUAAAACAACAUCUUACGACUGUUGUCUUUGAUUCCCAUUUUCGUAGUGAAGCUCCUGCACCACAAGUUGAAAAUACAGCAGAAGAAGAUUGCGUAGAAGUGACACCUGUGAAACGGAAAAAGGUGUCUAAAGAGCAUCAUGGAAGUAAGAAGGUGAAAUCUAAGAGAAGUAGCAAGAGGUCGAAAGGUGAAGAAGAUUGACAUGUUCUACAAUGAAGGAAAAUUUUUGACACCAAAAUUUUGAUGUGGUAAAUUUUUGUAUUAUUAUAUUACUUUCCCUUUUCCUGUCCCAAUGAAAGAAGUCAUUCUUGGGGAGCUAUACAAGGCAAGUGAUGUAAAAGACAUAACUAGUUAGUGAAUUGAGACCAUUUUUGAGAAAUUUGUUUACUUCAACGUUCCAAGACUAUAGUGCAUUAUGUAUACCUCUU